AUGGGCCACUUGGUCACCCAGGGACAGGCGACGCUGUUAUAUGCCAAGCUUUCUAUGAACAUGGAAUCUGUCCUUCACAACUUUGCCACUGUACUAAUAUACGUGGAGUUUAUUUUUGGGAAUUUGAGCAAUGGAUUCAUAGUGUUGUCAAACUUCUUGGACUGGGUCAUUAAACAAAAGCUUUCCUUAAUAGAUAAAAUUCUUCUUACAUUGGCAAUUUCAAGAAUCACUCUCAUCUGGGAAAUAUAUGCUUGGUUUAAAAGUUUAUAUGAUCCAUCUUCCUUUUUAAUUGGAAUAGAAUUUCAAAUUAUUUAUUUUAGCUGGGUCCUUUCUAGUCACUUCAGCCUCUGGCUUGCCACAACUCUCAGCGUCUUUUAUUUACUCAGAAUAGCUAACUGCUCCUGGCAGAUCUUUCUCUAUUUGAAAUGGAGACUUAAACAACUGAUUGUGGGGAUGUUGCUGGGAAGCUUGGUGUUCUUGCUUGGAAAUCUGAUGCAAAGCAUGCUUGAAGAGAGGUUCUAUCAAUAUGGAAGGAACACAAGUGUGAAUACCAUGAGCAAUGACCUUGCAAUGUGGACCGAGCUGAUCUUUUUCAACAUGGCUAUGUUCUCUGUAAUACCAUUUACAUUGGCCUUGAUUUCUUUUCUCCUGCUAAUCUUCUCUUUGUGGAAACAUCUCCAGAAGAUGCAGCUCAUUUCCAGAAGACACAGAGACCCUAGCACCAAGGCCCACAUGAAUGCCUUGAGAAUUAUGGUGUCCUUCCUCUUGCUCUAUACCAUGCAUUUCCUGUCUCUUCUUAUAUCAUGGAUUGCUCAAAAGCAUCAGAGUGAACUGGCUGAUAUUAUUGGUAUGAUAACUGAACUCAUGUAUCCUUCAGUCCAUUCAUGUAUCCUGAUUCUAGGAAAUUCUAAAUUAAAGCAGACUUCUCUUUGUAUGCUGAGGCAUUUGAGAUGUAGGCUGAAAGGAGAGAAUAUCACAAUUGCAUAUAGCAACCAAAUAACUAGCUUUUGUGUAUUCUGUGUUGCAAACAAAUCUAUGAGGUAG